CAAUAUGUCGAAUUUUUCUUUCAGCUGGAGGCGUGUGGCCGAUUGUUUGGUUGCGUGCAGCGACUCUGUGGAAAUAGAUCAGCGGUCGAGGAGAGCGAACCCCGGCAAGUACGAGGUCGACGGGGUGCUCAGGAUCUCGAGGGACCGUCAGGCCCGGAGGAUGCAAUUCUCCCGGUUCCGGUUAGUCCGAGUCCUGCAUCAACUUCCUCCCAGGAGGACUCGUGCAAGCCGCUGCCCAAAAAUUGCUACCGUCUCCUUGUUCUCGGCAGCGCGCGGGUCGGAAAAACCGCCAUUGUAGCACGAUUCCUGUCCAACAAGUUCGAUGAAAGUUACACCCCGACGAUUGAGGAUUUUCAUCGAAAGCUCUACCGGAUACGCGGUGAAGUGUACCAGUUAGACCUCGUAGACACCAGUGGCAACCAUCCGUUUCCUGCCAUGAGGAGGCUUUCCUUCCUAACUGGUGACUUGUUUAUACUGGUGUUUAGUAUGGACAACCGAGAGUCUUUUGAGGAAGCCAUCAGAUUAAGAGAGUCAAUAAUGGAAGCUAAAAUAACUGCCACACAAAAUGUUAAAGGAAGGAGCAAAAGUCACAACAUUAAAGUUCCGAUGGUUAUGGCAGGAAACAAAUGUGAUUACGAUGUUAAGGUUGUAUCAGUACAAGAAGCUGAGAAAUAUUGCGUGAGCCAAGAUGAAUUUUGUGUGUUUUCCGAAGUGUCAGCAAAGUUUAAUACCAAUAUUGAUGAUCUUUUCGCGCAACUUUUCGCAGUUGCUGGACUGCCCCCAGAAAUGGCUCCAAGUCAGCACAGAAAAGUUCCCCUGUCCUUUGGCUCGCCCACGAUGUUUCCACCCUCUCAGCCAAAGCACAAAGCGACGCUCAGUAUAAAACGUCGAUUGAGCGACGCUUGCGGAGUUGUUGCACCAAAUGUACGACGUCCAAGUAUUAGAACAGAUUUGAUGAUAAUGAGGACCAAGACGUGUUCCCUUGCCGCUGGAAACGAGAAUAUCGCACCGGGUUCAAGAAUCACCCUUCGAUCUUCCGAACCAGGCAAAACCUGCACAAUUCAGUGAUAAUACUAUUGAGAUAAUGUUAUUGAUUAAAAUUAUAUAUUAAUAUAAAAUAUAAA